AUGAAGCUGAACAAGAGACAACGAAUUCUCCUCCUUCGGUAUAUAAACACCAUCAGCUUGACCCCAACACUCUGGAACAUCACCAACUUCACAGAUCUUCACAAAAAGCCUCCACGUACACCCCAGCAGCCUGGUACAGCAUAUGUCAGACCACUAGGACCACCCGCAGGACACACUCUCGACUUCCGCACCACUCCUUCCACUUUCUUCCAAGACACUGGGGACUCAUCAAAAGCUGUUUCAGGGACACCAAGCCUGAAUAAACUUGGCACCGACUCUCCUGGAACGUCCCUGUUGGCAUCAGAGUACGUGCUCAUAAAGUGUCUUUACAGCUCCUCUUGCUCAACACUCAGUGUUUCACUAGUCUUCUCCUUAAACGACUGCUUCGUGAAGUGGAAAGGAAAUUCUUUGACGGAAUUCCGGGUCCUGACACCUUCCCGUUUCUUUUUUGGCAAACGGUUCCGCUCUACUCAACUUGCUAAUGCGUUCCCUUAUGAUUUCAAGGAGUGGUUUGAUUUCCUUUGCUCUCUUCUCGUCAGGACGCAUUGA